AAAACUAAAACAACUUGCUAUCGACGCGUUUUUUGUUUUGUUUCGUUUUGUUUUUUUUUCUUUUUUUUUUUGCUUUUUCUUUUUCGUUGUAGUUAUGGAUUUAGUUGGUUUAGUUUUGCAAAAAUAGGGGAGCCAAUCAAAUGUGUUAAAGCAAGACCAAAUUUGGAUUUGAUCAGCUUUUAUUCUAUACCAUGACUGCCACAAAAAAAAAGAAUCAUACCAACAAGCCUUUGAAAUGGACAACACAGCGUUUAAAUCUGAAUAACUCAAUGAAACCAGCUUACCGCGUUCAUAAGCGCACACCUUCUCAUGCUACAACGCGUCCUGCAGUAAUGACAGCUGAAACUGAAAAAACACCUUUCAAUGAAAUUGAACAAUUGGAACGCGAAUUAGCUUUUACGUAUGACACAGUGGCUACUAUCACGGUUCAUUUUGAAAGUCUUCAUCAUGCAUAUACCUCUAGCAAGCCCCAAUUGGACCAAUCUAAAACGGCCACUCGUCUCGGUGAAAUGGAAAAAGAACUCUUGACUGCUUAUGAUGAUUUGGGUUUACAGGUAACUCAUUUGGAACGCAAGAUUGCCAAAUUGGAAAAACGCCUUGCUCAACUCAAAGGUACACUUCAAUCACCUCCCAUUCCAGAAAUCGCCUCUCCUUGCUCCUCUACUGAUUCUGCUAUUUCUGAUUAUAUGGAAGAUUGGAUCUAUCAACCAUUCGAUACCAAUACUUUUAUGUGUCAAAACAACUAUCAAGACUUUAUGCCAAUCUAUAACUCAAAUCUUGAAUAUGCUUUUGUCAUUUAAGUUCUCUUUAUCCUUGCUCAUUCCCAUUCUUUAUUCCACUCUUUAUUUAUGUUUAUUCUAUGCUUUACUUUCGUUUUUUUUUUGUACUCUUGUGUUGUCUAUAUUAUACCCUUUCAUUAUGCUUAUUCCCCCCCCCCUUUUUUUUUUAUUU